AGCGGCGCACAUGUGUCGAGCUCCGUCCCUCCUGGCAGUCUGCAGACCACUUCCACUCCUUCUCCAGGACAGCGGGUCUCUCCAGCUGUAAUCUCAGCGUUUGGUCCUGAUUUAUCGAGGCUGCUGCAGUCAUGGCUGUUGUCAGAUUCUACAGCAGCGAAGCUCUUCAUGGACGAGCCUUGCAGAGAGCAGCCAAGCUCUUCCCCAAUCUGUUGAUCAAAACUGAGCUUUGCUUCAACGUGGAGCUGACAGGUGGCGAAGGUCUGGAUGCGGAGCAGAAGGAGGUCCUGCUGUGGUUGUUUCGUCCUCCGCUGCAGGCAGAGCCGCUCUCUGACCAACCGAAGCUCACAGAGGGAGGCGGGGCCAAGCUUGUAGAGAUCGGACCGAGGUUGAAUUUCUCCACCGCCUGGUCCACCAACGCCGUGUCCAUCUGCCAGAGCGCCGGCCUCUCCAACGUCACCCGAGUGGAGCAGUCUCGCCGGUUUUUAAUCAAGGCCAAGAAUGGACAGAGCGUGAGCGAGCUCAGCGGAGAUCUAAAGAAGCUGAUCGAGGUUCUCCAUGACAGCAUGACGGAGUGCGUCUACCAACAGCCCAUCACCUCUUUCGCUGUAGAAACCAGGCCACAGCCGGUGUUUGAGGUGGACAUCCUGGGGAAGGGUCGCGUCGCCUUGGAGACGGCAAACCAUGAGCUGGGGCUGGCCUUCGACUCCUGGGAUCUGGACUACUACACCUCCAUGUUCCAGAGGAUUAACAGGAACCCCACCAGCGUGGAGUGUUUUGACCUGGCUCAGUCCAACAGCGAGCACAGCCGCCACUGGUUCUUCCGGGGGCGGAUGGUGAUCGACGGGCAGGAGCAGAAAGAGACGCUCUUCAGCCUCAUUAUGGAAACGCAGCAGCACAGCAACCAGAACAACGUCAUCAAGUUCUGCGACAACAGCAGCGGCAUCAGAGGAAAGGAGCUGCAGAGCAUUUACCCAGCAGACCCCUCUGAAGCGAGCCCGUACGAGACGCGCCGCUCCCUGCGACACGUCAUCUUCACUGCGGAGACGCACAACUUUCCAACAGGUGUUGCACCGUUCAGCGGCGCCACCACGGGGACUGGAGGUCGCAUUAGAGACGUCCAGAGUGCCGGACGGGGCGGACACGUCAUCGCUGGAACUGCAGGAUACUGUUUUGGAAACCUGCACAUCCCAGGGUACAGCCUCCCCUGGGAGCAGGAAGGAGCGGGCUGGGAGUAUCCGUCCAGCUUUGCCCCCCCACUGCAGGUGGCCAUCGAGGCCAGCGAUGGCGCUUCAGACUACGGCAACAAGUUUGGGGAACCCGUCCUCUCGGGCUUUGCCCGUUCCUUUGGGAUGCGGUUGGCUAACGGCGAGCGACGGGAGUGGAUUAAGCCCAUCAUGUUCAGCGGCGGCCUUGGCUCGAUCGAAGACGCCUAUGUGAAGAAAGAAGAGGCAGAAGCUGGGAUGGAGGUGGUAAAGAUCGGCGGGCCGGUGUAUCGGAUCGGCGUGGGAGGAGGAGCAGCCUCUUCUGUUCAGGUUCAAGGAGAUAACUGCAGUGAGAGGGAUCUGGGAGCAGUUCAGAGAGGAGAUGCUGAGAUGGAGCAGAAGAUGAACCGCGCUCUGAGGGCCUGUCUGGAACGAAGCACCGGGAACCCCAUCUGCAGCAUCCACGACCAGGGAGCCGGAGGGAACGGUAACGUUCUGAAGGAGCUCAGUGAGCCAGCGGGCGCCGUGAUCUACUGCAGCAAGUUUAAGAAAGGCGACCCCACGCUGAGUGUUUUGGAGCUGUGGGGGGCAGAGUAUCAGGAGAGCAACGCUCUUCUGCUGCGUCCGUCUGACAAGUCUUACCUGGAGAGGGUUUGUCAGCGGGAAAAGUGUCCUGUUGACUUUGUGGGACACAUCACAGGCGAUGGAAAGAUUGUGCUGGUGGAUGAUGAGGGAGGCAGCGGCCAACAGGCAGACGCUGUCCGGCAUCCUGUCGACCUGCAGCUGGAGUGGGUUCUGGGCAAGAUGCCACAAAAAGAGUUUAAGAUGGAGCGUCUGGCUCCCACCCAUAAGCCCCUGACUCUUCCUCCUAAGCUGACGGUCAGAGACGCUCUGCAGCGGGUUCUACGUCUGCCUGCUGUGGCCUCCAAACGCUACCUCACCAACAAGGUGGAUCGCUCUGUGACUGGGCUGGUUGCCCAGCAACAGUGCGUCGGCCCUCUUCACACUCCGCUUGCCGACGUGGCCGUCGUCGCUCUGUCGCCGUUCAGCCUGGAGGGAGCGGCCACGGCCAUCGGGGAGCAGCCAGUGAAAGGUCUGGUCUGUCCUGCGGCGGGGGCCAGGAUGGCUGUAGGAGAGGCUCUGACCAACCUGGUGUUCGCCAGAGUCACGGCUCUGAAGGACGUGAAGUGCAGUGGGAACUGGAUGUGGGCUGCCAAGCUGCCGGGUGAGGGGGCCUCUCUGUGGGAGGCCUGCAAAGCGAUGUGUGAGGUCAUGGGCCAGCUGGGGGUGGCCAUCGACGGGGGCAAGGACUCCCUGAGCAUGGCAGCUAGAGUGGGGACGGAGACCGUCAAAGCUCCAGGUGCUCUGGUUAUUUCUGCGUAUGCUGUUUGCCCUGACAUCACUGCCACGGUGACGCCAGAUCUUCAGGAUCCAGAUGAUAAAGGAGUGUUGUUAUGGGUUCCUAUCAGUCCAGGUCACCGCCGCCUCGGUGGCUCCGCCCUGGCUCAGUGCUACAGCCAGCUGGGAGACCGCUCUCCUGACCUGGAUCAUCCUGAAUACCUGAUCGCCUGUUUCAACACCACCCAGAAGCUCCUGGAGGAUGGUCUAAUCAGCGCAGGACAUGACAUCAGCGAUGGAGGCCUCAUUUCCUGCCUGUUGGAGAUGGCGUUUGCUGGAAACCGUGGCCUCGACGUUGAGCUUUCUUCAGAAGGAUCCGGAGUGAUGGAGCUGCUGUUCAGCGAGGAGCUGGGUUUGGUUCUGGAGGUCUGUCAGACCCACCUAGAGGCUGUCAGUCAGAGAUACAGGGACGGAGGCCUGCAGUGCCAUCACAUCGGAAGAACCUGCGGCUUUGGUCCUGAUGCUAAGGUCCGAGUCCAGGUGGACGGACAGGAGGUCCUUUAUGAGGCCCUGCCUGAACUCAGAGCAGCCUGGGAGGAAACCAGCUUCCAGCUGGAGCGCCUUCAAGCUGACGAGCUGUGUGUGAAGCAGGAGGAGGAGGGGCUUUCUAAGAGGACGCAACCGUACUUUAAACUGACCUUUGACCCCUCUGAAACUCCAAACAUGAAGCAGCUCACUGCAGCUCAGCCACGAGUUGCUGUGAUAAGAGAGGAAGGCAGCAACGGAGACCGAGAGAUGUCCGUCUCUCUGUACAUGGCAGGCUUUGAGGUUUGGGAUGUCACCAUGCAGGACCUCUGCUCCGCCUCCUUAACCCUCCAGCCCUUCAAGGCGGUCGUGUUUGUGGGAGGAUUCAGCUACGCAGAUGUGCUGGGGUCAGCUAAGGGUUGGGCUGCAACCGUUGCCUUCAACCCAAAGGCAAAAGCAGAAUUUGAUCACUUCCAGCAGAGGGAAGACACUGUGAGUCUGGGAGUUUGCAAUGGCUGCCAGCUGCUGGCCCUGCUGGGCUGGGUGGGAGAGGGAGAGGACGGAAAAGACUCUGAAGUGGUUCUGACUCACAAUCGUUCCGGGAGGUUUGAGUCUCGCUUCGUCAGCGUUGGGAUCCAGAAGUCCCCGUCCAUCUGGCUGAGAGGCAUGGAGGGUUCUGCUCUGGGGGUGUGGGUUGCACACGGAGAAGGUCUGAUGUCCUUCCGUAGCUCUCAGGUCCAGGACCUGAUCACCUCUUCUGGGCUCGCCCCUCUCCGUUACCUUGACGACGAGGGCUGUCCCACCGAGGAGUACCCUCUAAACCCUAACGGCUCCCCUCAGGGUAUCGCGGGCCUGUGCUCCAGGGACGGGAGGCACCUGGCCAUGAUGCCCCACCCGGAGCGCUGCACCCUUGGCUGGCAGUGGCCCUGGGCUCCCAGGGGCCUCAGACUUUCGUUGACACCUUCCCCCUGGCUGCGAAUGUUCAGGAAUGCAGCCGCCUGGUGCAGCGGCACAGAUUGACGCUGCAGCUUUAGCUCCCUGUUACAUUUGUCUUUGUUUAACGUUGGAGACGGUUAACAAUCCUGACAGAGAUGUUUACGUGUUUUAUUAAACUACCAAACACUAAUCAUGCUGAAAUCAUCAGCUACUUUGCUGUAACAUUUCAAACUAAACCUGCUUAUAAGUCUGUAUGAAAAAAUAAUCUGUGAUGGGAAUAAAGAUGAAC